AUGGGAGGGGUCUCCAGGGGCCACCAGGGGCCCGAGGUGUUCAGGGGCUACAGCUUCACCAUCACCUGCUCCACUCAGCCACAGUACCCAGGAGGCUCCUUCCUCCUCACGUUCACCGGCUCCAACAGAACCCAGACCCAGCCAGCUGUCAAUCACUCUGCUGCCUUCCUCUUCCCUGCUGCAGAUGACUCCCACCAAGGGAACUACAGCUGUGUUUAUGAGAAUUAUGUUUUCUCUCACAACUUCUCCUCUGAAAGCGAUCUCCUCUCUCUCACCGUCACAGAUCACCUAGUUCAGCCUGAUAUCUCCCUGACUGAAUCAAUGGGAGGGGUCUCCAGGGGCCACCAGGGGCCCGAGGUGUUCAGGGGCUACAGCUUCACCAUCACCUGCUCCACUCAGCCACAGUACCCAGGAGGCUCCUUCCUCCUCACGUUCACCGGCUCCAACAGAACACAGACCCAGCCAGCUGUCAAUCACUCUGCUGCCUUCCUCUUCCCUGCUGCAGAUGACUCCCACCAAGGGAACUACAGCUGUGUUUAUGACAAUUAUGUUUUCUCUCAUAACUUCUCCUCUGAGAGUGAGCUCCUCUCCCUCACCAUCACAGGUAACUGAACAUGAACCAGACUUAUAACUUUGUCAUUGACAGAUUUCCCACAGAUCUAUGUGAUGAUGAUCAGUCCCCUCAUCAAAGGUGUUUCUGUUUGCAGCCUCUCC